AUGGAGUGGGUGCAAUCCAACAAAAGAAGGGGUUCAGAAUGGAAACAAAGUUGGAGACAAAAAAACAUGGCGUCUGUGUCUACACCACCGUUCCACUUGCUCAUGAUAUUUGCCAUUGUGGUUAGUUUGCUGUGUCUUUCACAGUACAAUCACUUCAAAACUCAGCUCCUUAACACAGCUUUCAACUUUCAGUUUUUCAUCUUCUUCUUACCCUUCUUGCUCAUGUUCUUCAUUGUUUCAUCAUAUUCUACUACUGGAAGGUUCAGCUUUCACACGUUGGGAGCAUGA